UUCCUAUUAGCUGACAACCGUUCGUUUUAGAUGUUACACCCAGACACUUCCUCUGAAACAAGCGAACUCAUUCAAGGGAUUGUGGCUGAAGGAACUGUAUUGAACGUUAAACGAUGUUUUUGACCAGAUCGGAAUAUGACAGAGGUGUGAACACAUUCUCUCCAGAGGGAAGAUUGUUCCAGGUCGAAUAUGCCAUAGAGGCAAUAAAAUUGGGCUCCACAGCCAUUGGUAUCCAGACAUCAGAAGGAGUGUGCCUGGCUGUGGAGAAGAGGAUCACCUCCCCGCUGAUGGAGCCCAACAGCAUUGAGAAGAUUGUGGAGAUCGACAGUCACAUUGGCUGUGCCAUGAGCGGCUUGAUAGCUGAUGCUAAAACUCUAAUUGACAAAGCAAGAGUGGAAACACAGAACCACUGGUUCACUUACAAUGAGACGAUGACGGUGGAGAGUGUGACUCAGGCUGUGUCCAACCUGGCACUGCAGUUUGGAGAGGAGGAUGCAGACCCUGGUGCCAUGAGUCGGCCCUUUGGUGUAGCGCUAUUGUUUGGAGGAGUUGAUGAAAAAGGACCGCAACUUUACCACAUGGACCCAUCAGGAACCUUUGUGCAGUGUGAUGCUCGGGCCAUUGGCUCUGCGUCAGAGGGGGCACAGAGCUCUCUGCAAGAGGUCUACCACAAGUCAAUGACAUUAAAAGACGCCAUCAAGUCGUCUCUCACCAUUCUGAAGCAGGUGAUGGAGGAGAAGCUCAAUGCCACCAACAUUGAGCUGGCAACAAUAGAGCCUGGCAAAACCUUCCACAUGUACUCCAAAGAGGAACUGGAGGAUGUAAUCAAGGACAUCUAGAGCGGAAAAAGACUUGCUUUGAAUUGUGGGCUGGAGAGGAGAGGACAUGAAAGUGUACCUAGGCCUAAUAUCACAACAACCACACUUUUCCAACAAACCUGUUGCAAUCAGAUUUUUUUUGAAGGUUUCUAUUUCCAAUGUGGUAAUUUUCCUUUUGUCUCUCAGUGUCUGUACAUCUCUGUACAGGAGUGUCACCAGCACUUAGAACUGAGUGGCAGGAGAAAAGGUUGGGGUCGAGGGGCGGGGGGCUGGAUCAUUUUUUGUUACGGAUCAAUACGAUUAAAUUGUUGUAUUCAGAAA